ACAAUGCUCUAUACUUUCUGCCACAGGAAGGAAAUGCAUUUCGGAAUCAGCUGACACUAAAUGCUUACACGAAAUAGACAGGAUUCACUCAACUUUCUGAUAAUAUCCUUUAUUUAAAGUUUAUUGGAAACUAAUUGAUAGGUCAGUCAUGUUGCGACCGAAGGCUUUGACUCAAGUUCUCAGCCAGGCGAACACAAGCGGAGUUCAGAGCACGCUGCUGUUAAAUAACGAAGGUUCUCUCCUGGCCUACUCUGGUUAUGGUGACACAGAUGCCCGCGUGACAGCGGCAAUCGCUAGUAACAUAUGGGCGGCCUAUGACAAGAAUGGACAUCAAGCCUUCAAUGAGGACAAACUGAAGUUUAUCCUAAUGGAUUGUAUGGAGGGCAGAGUGGCAAUCACACGUGUUGCUAACCUGCUGCUGUGCAUGUAUGCGAAGGAGACAGUGGGCUUUGGUAUGCUGAAGGCCAAGGCUGAAGCCCUUGUACAGUACUUGGAGGAACCCCUAACACAAGUGGCUGCUUCAUAGGAUAAGGUGUUUUUCUGCAGCAUCGACAGUGGGAUUUUCUUUCUGAAAUACGGUAAAGAAAACCAAGCUGACGCAGUUUCAUGGACUAUUAAACACUCCUCCCAACGGACUGAGUGUCUUGGUGUUUCUAAGACAAGGCACUCCUGGAGUAUUUUCUACUGAUUAUGAUUUGUAACUUUACCAUUUGCUGGAUAUUUCUUGUUGUACUCAUGUCCAAUGCUCUAAUCCUCAGAAAUCCCAGAACAUGGCAGCUUCAGGCUUUCAUCAUGCCAAUUGCGCUGGGAAAUGCAGAACCCUUAAAGCUUUUCUUAGUUUUUUUUAUAUCAGUGUCGAUAUCAGUGUAAUAUCAGUGCUUUUCAUUUUUUUUAUGCCCAGUAAUGAAUGAUAAAGUUUUGUGUUUGGAAUCUGUCGACUAAGCAAUUAAGAACUAAUCCACUAAUCUGCCUGGUGCUGGAACAAAAAGAAGACUUUGAAUUUCCCUCUCUUGCUAAUUAUAAACCUGUUUGGCUGACUAUUAAUGGCUGUCUUAUGCAUGUGAAGGCAGUGAUGGACAAUUACAUUUCUCAAGGGGUGAAGUCCAUCAGGUUUGAGAUUUACUGUCAGUCAAAAUAACAGCCUCAAUGAAACAAUGAGGAGAAUAAAGAAGGGAAAACCAGACGCCCUGGUUUUGCGUGUUGCCCAUCCCUCAUUCAGAGACCGACAUGCUAACAGCCCCCCCACCCCCUCCAUUGUCUUUGUAAGGCUUGGGUAGAGCUCACAGCUCCCUGGAGGAUCAUCAUACCAGCUGUGAGCAUUGACUUUGAAAUUAAGUGUGAAUGUAAUGCUGUUAUAUUUAGAGUUCUGCAAAUAAAAAGAUUUUAUUGAUAACAAACCA